UCAUUCUCAGCUACGUAGAGAGUUUAAGACCAGCCAGGUUUGCAAAAACUGUUGUUUCUAGGACAAGAGGCAACUUGUGGUUAAAUUGCAUUUAUGAAAAGGAAUUCAACACUGAGUUAUGUUCACGACCCUGAUGUAGUCCCCAGCAUUAAAAAACACAAAUUUUUUAAAGUGUUGAAUUGAAACCUAAGAAGCUAUCAUUUAAAUGGUAUUUCUAAAAGGAAUCUGCCUGGUUUCUAAAGGAAGGCGUGUUUUUCUAUACUCAGUCAUCUGUGUGUGUAACUGGACGAGGGUGGGAGGCUUGUGUGGAGGUCAUAGGGCAGCUUAUUGGAGUUGGUUCUCGGUAUCAACUCAGGUCUUGAGGCUUUCAUGGAAGUGCUUUGCCUGAGGAGCCAUCUCACUGGCUCUAAGGGAAGAGCUCUUAAUCUUAAUCUUAAUCAUAUUCUGAAGUGUAGCAAUUGUCAGUAGAACAGUAUGGGCAUUUUAAUUCAUUAAUUGAAAUAUUUAUCCCAGUGACAGAUCCCUAAGAAUUUUUUUUGAAACAUGCAUAUUUUUAAAUUGAGUUUUGACUUAAGAGUUGUAGGCUUAUAGAUUAACUGAUGGUCAUGUUUUAUUUCAGGCUUACUAAAGUUUUUUGGCUUUGUUGCAGAAGAAGAUCCAAGUUUAAUUUUUCUCCGGUGAACAAGCUUACAGAUUAAGAUUUAUGUCAUUCCAAGAAGUAAACAAACAUGCAGUUCUCCCUCCUAUCAUUAGUAGAAGUGACAAGGAGUUUUUGGAAAGCAUGCAAAGAUACAUAACUACAGAAACCGAAAGAGUGGGCUGCAAUGAGGAAGGACCUGCUGAUGAGUAUUACACUAUAUACCGAAAUGUUUUCGAUAAAUUCAGUACCACAGACAGAAAAAUCAUAUUUCAGGUAAUAGACCAUGUCAGUGCAUACAAGUCCAUUCUUACUUCAAUCAAAAGAGAAUAUGAUGCCUUUAUUGAGACAAUAAAGAAAGGCCGAAGAACUGCUUAUUAUCUUCAUGGAAAACUUAAAGUUUUGGCAGCAGAGCCCACAGCGUUGGUAUACCACCAGAGAAGAGCCUUUCAACUUGAAGCAAAAGUGAGAAUUAUUGAAAAUAAUUCCACAGUGAUUCAGUUGCAAAUAGAUGAGAUGAAACAGCUGAGAGCAAAGUAUGACAAGAAAGAAGUGAAGCUCUGUGCUUCUACCAGGCAGCUCUGGAGACCAAUCCCAGGGAUGACUCUUCAAGAAUCUGUCAAUUUGGAUGCUCUCAAUAAAUAUAAGCGGCAUCUUGAAGAUAAAUAUGUAAAACGUAAGAAAGCUAUAUCAACAGAGUAUGUACCAGCACAGAAGAAGGCUGACCUGGAUGAAGAAAUGGUUGUGUUACUAAAACGCCGAGAUAUAGCUGAGAGCCUGAACAAAGACCUGCAGUUUCGCCAUCAAAGACUGCAGGUUAUUUCACACACACUUACUGCAUGGAUGAAGGAUAACUUAAGAAUCCCAUUUGAAGACAUCAUGGAGAAAAUUCAGAAAACCAAUGCAAUCUUCGGUGAUGAAAUCAUUGUUGAUGAACUAUUUGAAGAUGACCCAAGCAAGACAAAAGAAGCUAUAAUUAUGCUUUACUACAUUGAAAGGUUCAAUGAAUUAAUCUCUCUUGGUGAAUAUGAGAAGGCAGCUUGUUUUGCAGCAAACAGUCCAAGAAGAAUUCUUCAAAAUAUUGGUACAAUGAAUAAAUUUAAGGCUAUUGGAAAAAUUAGAGGAAAGCCUCUCCCAUUACUCUUGUUUUUUGAGGCUAUAUUUAGUACAAGUCAGGCUUUCAAACGUCCUAUUAAUGCUGACCUAACCCUGGAGGGAAUCAAAUGUGGACUAUCUGAAAAACGGCUUGAUUUAGUUACCCACUGGGUCACCCAGGAAAAGCUGACAUUCUCUGAGAAGGCUGGGGAUAUUAUUUUUGCUUAUGGGGAUCAGAACACAUACCAGAAGCCAAGCUGUUUGGCUUUAGCUCAGCUCAUCUACAAUGACUGUGGUCUACACAAGAAAGCUCUUCUUUGCCUGUGUAAACAGGGUCAGAUUCAUGAGGCCAUGGAACAUAUACAACAGUUCAAGGACUUUACUUCUGAUGACCUGAUACAGCUAAUAACAGUGUGUCCCCAAAUUGAGUUAAUUACAUGUCUCACUCAAGAAAGGAAUGGAAAACCACCACUUUUAUCUUUCGGGCUUGCUGUCCUUCAUCUGUUUUCUGUGGAUAUGAAAAAAGUUGUCAUCAAGUUACUCCAGGAAAUCAGUAAAGGUGGGAAAGAUGUAGUAGAGCAUCUUCUGAUGAGUGAUUCAUUUUGCUCCUUGGAAAAGUGGCAGGAAAUAGCAGAUAUCUGUUUACAAAAUGGCUUUGAAAAUUUGUUUAAUGACAUCAUGUUCAUUCUUCGAUCCCAAGCUGGAGUUUCAGAAAUUUCUGAAGAUGAUUCUAUCAACUUAAUGGAGCACGUUUUUUGGUAGUUCUCUAUUUUAACCAGCUGAGGGCGCUUGUACAACAUUUUAUAGGCAUUGGUUGGGCAAACUGGUUUUAGCAUUAGUUAACAUAAAUAAAUGUUGAGUAUGACACUCUGAGCAAUAAAUCACACUUCUAUUAUGAUGUUUAGAUUUGAUCUUGAAGCACUGAAACUAUUGCUUCCUUUCUACCAUGUGGUCACUUCUUAUAGGAAAUCUUGAGCAAAUCCAGAGUAUAACUUUUCAUAAAGAUAGCAUAAGCAUUUCUACUUUAGAACAAGCUAAUGUCCAAAUACUCACACUUCUUAUCUAAUUUGAUACCUAGAACUGAAGAAGGUGUGGGUAAAGCUCUACUUGUAUGUGGGUAAAGCUCUACACUAACUUUUGCCAUUCAUAUAUGGUGAAGGUCAGACUCCUACUGAAGUUUAGAAUCUUGGCAUGAUUUUACUUAAAGGGAAGACUAGACAGAUUGCAUAGACGUGAACUUUGGGUAAUCUUAGUCAUGGAAAAUGUGUAGCUAGAGUUUUCCUUCCUGGC